AUGUGUAUCGAUUAUCCACAGCUCAAUAAAGUUACGAUUAAGAAUAAGUAUCCAUUACUACAAAUUGAUGGUUUGUUAGAGCAGUUGAAAGGUGCAAAGGUAUUCUCGAAGAUUGAUCUAUGUUCUAGUUAUUAUCAGUUACGGUUUAAAGAUUCAGAUGUGCCGAAAAAUGCAUUUAGGACCAGAAAAUGUGCAUUUUGGCUUCAAGAAGUCGAUUUUCUGGGACAUAUAGUAUCAGCUGAAUGCAUUAAGGUUGAUCCGAGUAAAGCAAAUGUAGUGGUUGAUGCUCUGAGUAGAAAAUCUCCGUUUGCCUUGCGAGCGUUGAAUACACGGUUGUCAUUGUCUAUUGAUGGUUCGAUUUUAGCUGAGUUAAAAGCUAAACCAUUGUUCUUACAACAUUUUUGUGAGGCUCAGAAAGUCAAUGAUGCAUUGAUAGCUAAAUAG